AUGGGCACUGGCCAUCCAAAGCUUCUGUUUCGAGAGGCGCUUCGGGAAAUCUUCAUGAGAUGCAACCAUGACAUUGGCUUCCAAAUGCUGAAUAGUGCAUCAAGUAGAGGCCAUGAAACAGCCAAAUACGCACUCUCAAUGACGUUGCUCCUUCGCAGGGACGACAACGAGGGAAAAGGGAAAGGGAUCGAACUGUAUCACGAGCUUGAUGCAGCUGGUUUACUCGCCGAUUGUAACGUAAGGUUCUUUUUGAUUAUGACAAUGUCGUGGCUGGGUGAAGUCCAAAUGCCCCAUAUAGAAGAACAACAUACAGUGUGUGCCUCGCCGAGGUGCUCCACCAGGGGCCACAUAGGUCUUCUGUAUGACUAUCACAGACAGGCAGUAGAGCAAAACUCCGUCCAUGCUUUCGGAGGGGCUGCUCAUAUCCCCUGUAUUCACUGUCGCACGAACUACGAGUUGAUAGUCUUCAUCAACCUCCCAUGA